GCCAUGGGCUCAAAGGAAUAGAGUUGUGAAAGAAUCGCUGUCGGAAAAAAGAAGAAUCGUUAAAACCCACGGCAUCCAGUUUUUAAGUAAGAAGCUCUACCCGUACAAAUACCUACCCGCUGGACACGGGGCUGAGGACGUCGUUUUCGAAACCUUGUUGACAUCGCUGCAUUGGCUUCGGAAACCCUCAGUAUUAGUGAGAAAGGGAUCGCUUUGGUUUCUUCUCAUUGUUUAGUUCCCUAUCCAGUUAAUGACUGUUAACCAAAGUCACAAUACAUAAAAAAUGGCUGGAACUGAAGAAGAGCAACAUCAUGUUAAAUUUAUUGAGGAAACUGGUAAUUUUGGUAAAGAAAACACCAUUAAUAUCCAGAAAUUAUCACAGUUGAGUUUACAAGCUCACCUGGGAUUUUUAAAGCUGAACCAUUCAUAUGAAAUUGUUAUUUCACUGGACAACCCCCUGACCAAGGAUAACUCACAAUGGCUUUCAAAUGAUUCCACUGCAAAGACCUAUAGUAGUGUCAAAUGCUGUGAAACUGAAGGCAGUAAAAUCAAUUUACACAUAAUUUUAAGGGCAGGAAAACCAAAAUUGAUGAAAGAACUGAUCAAAUUGAGAUGUUCUACUGAUUCCAACGUGCAUCUUGAAAUCACACUUUUGGCUAGAGUCUUAGGUAAGGGCCAAGGUACUCCGAUGCUCAAAGAUGGGAUUCACUGCAUUGGGGCAGAGGUUGAUGAAGAGUCCGAGGCUUCCGAUUGGCAGGGUUUUGAUUGAAUUGAAAAUUUUUUCCAUUUUUAUACUUAACAGUAUCAGAAUAAGACGUAAACGAACAGUAUUUUAUUUCUGUGUAGUGUGAACAUGAUUGCCGAAAAGAGAAUUUACAUAAUAUGUACAAUAUCCUUUUUUAAAAUACUGAUCUUGUCCAUUAUCAA